AUGGUUGAUGCUAGGUAUAAAGAUACACAAGUAGAUGUUAGGGACAUUAAGGAACAUCUGUUCAAACUUAUUGGCUCUACCCCUACACCAAUCUUUGAGAAAGAUGAUGAUGAUGCUAAAAUGGGGGAGAAAGAUUCAUUGAGAAAGUUGCCACCUGAUUCAAAAGCUAAACCAAAACCAAAGGUGCAACAACAGCCAGAGUCAGCUGAACAAAAAUCUUCUAAAAAAGCUUCAAAAGCUGGGAAGGAAAAAGGGAUUGAUGAGAUCCUAAACAAGAAAGCUGAAGAGAUAGCUUUGGAAAAUGUGAUCAAAGUUAUGACGGUUUAUCACAGUUCGACAUCAAGAGUAUACAAAAAGAUGUCUGUAUUUUCUACCGAUCAGGAGUUCAAAUCUCGUGAAGAGAUGAUGGAAUGGGUUCAAAACACCGCACGCGAUCUAAUAAAAAAUGUCGAUCCCGAUGGUAACUGUGGGUUUCGGUCUGUAGCUGUGGGCUUGGAGCUGGAUGAAAACUUUUGGGGUUUUAUUCGAAGUGAACUUGUACACGAGAUGGACGCUCACCAAAAAAUUUGGAGGCAAAUUUUUGACAUGGUCGUCCCCGGAGAGUAUAACCGUCUACGUCGCAACAUAGAUCAUCAAGGAAUGGGAUAUGCAACCGGUGAUCAUUGGAUGGAAAUGCCCCACACUGGACUCCUCAUUGCUAAUAGAUUUUAUGUGAUUGUUCACCUUUUAAGCAUCGGCGGGAAUCAAACUUUCUUCCAUCUAUUGCUCGGUCCCAACCAAGUCCGUAGCCCUCAUCAAGUGGUAUCGCUUGUUCAUGUUUAUACAAACCAUUUCAUCCAUGUUAAAUUAGAAGGUGACUAUCCGAUGCCUCUACCCAACAAUCUUUGGAGUAUGAACCGCAGUGACGUCGCAGCAGAUUGGGAAGUUAUGUACAGAUCUCGCAUAAACAGGUAUAGGGAGCUAAUGAACCCUAAUCCAGACCGAAGUAUACAAUAUGUUGGUUAA